AUGGAGCCCCUGGUGUCGCUGCGCUGGGCCCUCUUCCACGGCCCCUUGGCGCUGUGGAGCAGCAUCGUGCCCGACGCCGAGCAGAGGCUGCUGCAGAAGAUGCAGGCGAACCGCUACCACCCCUUCCAGAUGCAGCAGAUGCACGUGUACGUCAUGGAGUACUACAAGAGCACGCUCUGGAAGGGCCUGCUGCUCCUCAUAGUCUCUGCCAUCAGCUGGAGCUUCCUCUACGAGAUGGAGAGGGAGACGCAGUUCUUCUCGUGGCUCUGCCUCUACGGGGUCCUGGUGGGCCUGUGGCUCACGCUCAGCUCCCUGAACAAGUGGCGCCUGGUGCUCGACCUGCCCAGCGGCAGCUACCAGCUCUUCGUCCGCGGACAGCUGUGGCGGCAGCAGCCCCUGCACCAGAUCUACAUCCGCCUCACGGCCCAGGAGAACAGUGCGACCCCCCGCCCGGCCCCCCGCCCAGCCCCUGGCCCCCCGGCCGGGCGCUCACCCCCCGCCCCGCGCUCUCUUGCAGCCUCCGGCGUCCCCUACUACAGCCUGGUGCUCGGCGGCUACGGCAUGGAGGCCGUCUCGCUGGCCACGCUCUCCCGCAACUACCAGUACCUGGAGUUCCUGGGGCAGCGGAUGGCGCAGCAGCUGGGCAUCAACUACUUCGACUGCCGGGACGCCUCGCCGCGCCACGCGGUGCUGCACUGGCCGCCGGGGCGGGCGCGGGGCGCCGAGGACGCCGGGCGCCCGGUGCGCUGAGCGCCCUGAGCCGCCGCCAGUAAAGACAUGUCCCGUCCCCCCACCACCACGCACACGCUCCCUCCCGCGCCGUGGGGCUCCUCUGCGCCCCCCGCCUCGCCGGGGGGCUGCGCUGCACCCUGGCACCGUGCUGCCGGCACCCUGCCGUGCCGAGGGGGCUGCAGCCCUGCCGGGGGGCUCCGCGUGGGGCAGGGCUGCCAUGGGACUGGCAGACCCACCGGGGGGCUCCACGUGGGGCCAGACUGCCGUGGGGCCAGCAGCCCCGCCAGGUGGCUCCAUGUGGGGCUGG